AUGUGGCUUUAUAUCAUAUUUUCCAUUUGUUUGGGAGGUGUGUAUAAUGUGGAUACAAAUGCUGUUAAGUCAGUGUCAGUGACUGAAGGAGAUUCUGUCUCUCUAAACACUGAUGUUACUGAAGUACAGAGAGACGAUCAGAUUCUGUGGAUGUUUGGAACUCGAGACACUCGUAUAGCUGAAAUCUAUAAGCAGAGGAUUUCUGUUUAUGAUAAAAAAGAAAAAUUCAGAGAUAGAUUCAGCGUGGAUAGUCAAACUGGAUCUCUGACUAUCAGAAACAUCAGAACUGAACACUCUGGACUUUAUAAACUACAGAUCUUCAGUCACAGAGGAACUUCAUAUAAGAGAUUCAAUGUUACUGUGUAUGCUCCUCUACCCAUUCCUGUCAUCACCAGUAACUCUUCAAUCUGUUCUUCUUCAUCAUCAUCGUCAGUGUCUAAUUGUUCACUGCUGUGUUCAGUUGUGAAUGUGAGUGCUGUGACUCUCUCCUGGUACAAAGGAAACAGUUUAUUGUCCAACAUCAGUGUGUCUGAUCUCAGCAUCAGUCUCUCUCUACCUCUGGAGGUGGAAUAUCAGGAGAACAACAUCUACAGCUGUGUGAUCAACAAUCCCAUCACAAACCAGACCACACAUCUGGACGUCACUCAGGAUCUGCACCCUUCCAGGUUUCUAUAUGCCCUCCCUUUCUCUGCGAUCAGUCAAUGUGCAUCACCUAGUGGUUCCAUUGAAAUGAAGUACAACGUUGCUGUCUAG